UGUGCUCUACACCUGUCGAUAUGGUGCGAAUCUUGUUGCUAGCGGUAGCUGCCGUCGCCCUAAUCGGUGGAGGCCAGGGAGCCAACAUUCUGGGAUUGUUUACCAGCCUAAGUCCCUCCCAUUUGAUCAUUCAGAUGUCGGCGGCCAAGGCUCUCGCGGAGCGGGGACAUAAUGUCACGGUGGUCACAGUCCUGGAGCCGGCCAUCACCCACAAGGACAUCAAUCUGAUUCAAGUGCCUCUGAGCGAGGAGGAUACGGAGCACAUGAGCAGAGUCUUUGAGAAAAUGGGGAAGAACAACGACAAAAACAUGCUAUUUGCCAUGUUCCGUAUGUUCGGACACAUGCGGUUUAUGUUCCACAAAAUAGCCGAUGCCCUGAAGGACACGCGAGUGCGCGAUCUCUACGUGAACAAGGACAACAGAUUCGAUCUGGUGCUGUCGGGCUUUGCCUUGAACGACUACCAGAUGGGUUUUGCCCAGAAGCUAAAGGCUCCCGUGAUCGUAGUGGCCACCCUGCCCCCGAGCCCCUUGUUCAACUACCUGAUUGGCAACCCGGAAGAGCCGUCCUGUGUCCCUAGCAUCAAUGAUUCGGUGGAAAAGGGAAAGGGCUUGAGCUUUGGCCAGCGCCUCAGCAGCUACCUGACGGGCAUUGGCUAUAAGGUCUUUUCAAAAAUGGGAGAGAUACAAAACAAAAAGGCUUACAAAGAAGUCUUUGGCGAUGAUCCCCAUAUGCCCGAGUAUUCGGAGAUGAUGAAGAAUGUAUCCCUCGUGUUCUUUGCCUCCCACGCAAUCAGCGAGGGACCCAUUCGACCCAAUGUUCCCGGUGUGAUUGAGAUUGGUGGCAUUCAAAUCAAGGACACCCCUACUCCACUGCCCCCGAACAUAGAGGAGUUCGUGGGGAACGCCACGGAUGGCGCUAUACUCCUCAGUCUGGGAUCCAAUGUGCAGGGAUCGCAUCUCAGCCCCGACACCGUCCAAAAGAUGUUCAAUGUCCUCUCGAAACUGAAGCAGAGGGUCAUCUGGAAGUGGGAGGACCUGGACAAGACCCCUGGCAAGUCGGACAACAUCCUCUACUCCAAGUGGCUUCCACAGGAUGACAUCCUCGCCCAUCCCAAGAUCAAACUAUUCAUCAAUCACGCCGGAAAAGGAGGCAUCACUGAGGCCCAAUACCAUGGAAAGCCCAUGUUAUCCCUUCCCGUCUUUGGCGAUCAACCCGCGAACGCCGAUGCCAUGGUCAAGAAGGGCUUUGGCCUCACUCAGAGUCUCCUAACCCUCGAGGAGCAGCCGUUCCGCGAGGGCAUCGAGGAGAUCCUCUCAAAUCCCACAUACUCCCAGGCAGUGUCCACCUUUUCCAAACUCUAUCGCGAUCGUCCACUCACUGCCCGGGAAUCGGUCAUCUACUGGUCCGAAUAUGUUAUCCGUCACCAUGGUGCCGCUCAUCUCCAGAGUCCUCUGAUGCACAUGAGCUUCGUAGCAGCCAACAACUUGGAUGUCUUUGCUCUUUUGGCCAUCAUUCUCGUUGUUUUCCUGCUACUGACGAAGGCUGUUAUUAAAUUCAUCAUCAGAAAGCUCUCCUCGAAGCCAAAGAAGGUCAAGAAACAGUAAAUCGUGAAACAGAGAAGUGAUUCAACAAGUCCCUAAGUAUUCUGUCUACCGAUAAGCACAAUCCAUAGCAAAAUACUCUACCAAGGUCGUUCAACUACUAAAUUUAGGUACAUAUAGGCAAAUAAAUAAGACAAAACAACAGUUA